GCGACGAUGACGACACUAAAAUUAGACGAUGUGAACGGUUUAAACGUCGAAUCAAAAGAACGUUUGAGGAAUCUAUCAAAUAUUAUACCACCAAUGGGGUACGAUAAGGGUAAACAAGCAGCUGUAAUGGUCGCACUAUUUAUUGGAAGGCUCGGAGAUUUACACGUGCUAUUAUCACAACGAUCAGAUUUCUUAAGUUCCUACCCUGGUGAUACUUGCUUGAUAGGCGGGAGGAAAGAGCCAUCGGAUGUCGACGUAGAAUACACAGCCAGACGUGAAGCGGAGGAGGAGAUUGGACUGCCUAUAGACUAUGAUUGUGUACGCUAUGUAGCUACACUUCCGCCGCAUUUAGCUGGAUAUGGACUUUCUGCAGUCACAGUAUGGCCUAUCGUUUGUCUCAUUACUGAUAGGGCACUAGUUCCUAUGUUGAAUGAAGACGAAGUACAGCGCAUAUUCAGUCACCCUCUGGAAUCAUUCCUGAGCCAUAGACCUGACAAACUGCUGCUGAGAUUGGGACAUCUCGAAGAUGAGAGCGAUGCCUAUCAUUGGCACUUUGACGAUGUUGAUCCAGUAUCAAGCAGGCACAGUCUCCGCAAACACGUCUUUGAGACCGGGAGAAACACAAUAAAGCCUAUACUAGGAUUUACGGCACGGGUUAUGAUACGCGUCGCUGAAAUUGCGUGCCAGAGGCCAGCUUCUUUCAUCGUCGACGCCCCUAACCAGAUACCUGAAUUGGAACGUGUGAAAAUAUCCCAAGAAAGAAGAACAACAGCGAGAUUGUAAUAAGUCA